GAAGAGGAAAAGAAUGAAGUGCAUGGAAUUGGUGUGAAAAUGAAGCGAAAUACAGCGCCUUCCCUUCCCUGCUGAGAGAGAGAGAGAGAGGGAGAGAGAGGUGUUCGCGCUAUAAGUAAAUCGUUCCCUCCCUCAAACCAUCUGUGCUUUCUUCGCGUCUUCCUUUUCGUACUCUCUGUUUCUCUUUCUUCCCUCCCGCACUUUCUUCUGUAAGUUCCCUCUCCGGGAGAAGGAAGAAGAAGAAGAAGAAGAAUGGGGUUUCGGGGCGUAGAGAUGUGAGGGCCUGUAGAUCUGAGAAGGAAUUGUUGAGCCUCAGGCAGUGUCCAGGAAUUCUUUGAUCCGAUCCUCCAGAUCUAAGCCUCUGUUCUUCAGCCACGUUUUCGUCUCGUUUAGAUCUAGAAAGUUCGCGAUCUUGCAAGCGAGAGCCGGGCCGAGGGCUGCUUCCCUAGAUCUGGAGGUUUCUAUUUUCCGGCUGAGUUGUGAGUGAGCGGAAUUCGAUGAUUUUUUUGGUGAUCUGAGCGAUCCUGGCAGAAUUGAAAGGAAUCGUUUGGUUUUAUUGCUGGUUCGGCUCGUUCCUGAUGCGAAAAAUGAAGAUUCAGGAUCAUGAUUGGACACAUUUUUUUCCUUAGUGGAGUGGUUUUAGUAUCACCACUUGGCACAAAACAAUUUCUAAAUUGACUGAAGCCAUCAGGAUGAAUGGGAUGGUGGAGUGUAGUGUAUGUCAUUCCAAAUUGGGCUUAUCACCAACUGCUAGGACCAUCUCAAGGGCGUAUGACCGGCAUAGAAGUAAAUUGUCUUCAAAAACUCGAGCCCUCAAUAUUGUCUUGGUUGUAGGUGACUGCUUCUUGGUUGGUCUACAGCCUAUUUUGGUCUUUAUGUCCAAAGUAGAUGGUGGUUUCAAGUUCAGUCCUAUAAGUGUGAAUUUCUUGACUGAAGCUGCAAAAGUUCUUUUUGCUGUUAUUAUGCUCUUAAUCCAGUCUAGGCGCCAGAAAGUGGGGGAGAAGCCUCUUCUUUCGAUUUCAACCUUUGUGCAAGCAGCUCGGAGUAAUGUUCUUCUUGCCGUGCCAGCUUUUCUUUAUGCCAUCAAUAACUAUCUGAAGUUCACAAUGCAGUUGUAUUUCAACCCUGCAACGGUGAAGAUGCUUAGUAAUCUGAAGGUUCUGGUCAUUGCCAUCCUUCUGAAAAUGAUAAUGAAACGAAGGUUCUCUAUAAUACAGUGGGAGGCUCUUGCGCUUUUACUUAUUGGAAUAUCUGUCAACCAGCUACGGUCGCUUCCAGAGGGUACCACAGCAUUGGGCUUACCAGUUGCUACUGGUGCAUACCUGUAUACCACAAUUUUUGUCACUGUUCCAUCUUUGGCAUCUGUCUACAACGAAUAUGCCUUGAAGAGCCAAUUUGACACAAGUAUCUACCUUCAGAAUUUAUUUUUGUACGGAUAUGGUGCAAUAUUCAAUUUCCUUGGUAUCCUUGGGAUGGCUGUAUUUAAAGGACCUAACAACUUCAAUAUUCUACAAGGCCACUCAAAAGCUACCAUGUUAUUGAUAUGCAACAAUGCAGCACAAGGAAUUUUGUCCUCAUUCUUUUUCAAAUAUGCAGAUACCAUACUGAAGAAGUAUUCGUCAACUGUUGCCACCAUUUUCACUGGCAUAGCAUCUGCUGCAUUAUUUGGCCAUACUUUGACAGUUAAUUUCAUGUUAGGGAUUUCCAUUGUCUUCAUAUCAAUGCAUCAGUUCUUUUCUCCACUAUCUAAGGUCAAAGAAGAGCAAAAUGGGGCAGUAGAAAUAUUGGAGGUUCAAAAGAAUCACAGAUCAAAGGAGUCAUCAUUCAUAAAUAUGGCUGCUGGAGCCAAUGAAGAAACUACACAUCGCAUUGUUUCUAGUGAGAGAGAACCACUUCUCCCCACCUAAUUCUAAUGUGUAAGCAGGAAAUUUCUAUCUAGGAUUGAUUCUUUCGGCUGCAAUUGUUCUCCACUGGAGAGACCAGCCAGUUUUACGAAACUCGGUGAAAUAUAUAAGGUGAUUUGUUUCUUGAGUGGUGCUUAGCAAACUUAACCCUAUCAAAUUGUCGACCUAUAAAUGGCGAGAAAAUAGUUGAAAUUUGAGUACGAAGAAAAAGGCGGUCUGGUUGGUGGUGCAGUUAAGAUGGCAGAUCUGCUGCUCUUUGCUGUCACACAAUGCUUAAGCUUGGGCGCUUGUAUUUAUACCCCGUUAUAUAAAAUCAGUCUCCAGCCUUUUUUGCUCUACCUCAACAAUUAUAAGGGUAUAUAGCUAGUCAUUUUUUGUAUUUUAUCCAAUGUAAUAUUGGAGGGGACAUUGUUGAAAUUUAUUGUUAAAGAUAAGCCAUUAUUGCAUUUCAA